AUGUCAGACUCCAAAAAUACAGCUCCCCAGCCCUCGCCGGCGGGGGCGAUGGGGCAACAGAGCUCCCAAGCUUCGACACAGCGACCGAGAGGCCCGCCGUUGUACAAGAUCUACGAGCUCCCUGCUCCCAUGCGGACAUUCCCGCUUCCUAGCUUCUACCCGAAUAAUCCAAUCUCUCUUUUCCACGUCCUGUUCGCGUGGACGAAGCAAACAUUCUUCCCACCGCCUGCUGAGCCGUCCGUGGUGCACGAGGGCAUCUGGUCUCCCGAGUCUAAAUCCGUCCACAUUGUUGACGAGAAGUCUAUGCGCGCGCUAUGGCAGCAAGGGUUCUAUGGCAAGGGCAACCUCAGUCGAAGUGAGCCCAAUUGGCUCAAACGCGAGCAGGUCCGCCGAGGUCUUGUACCCGGUCAGGUCAGCGAACUGGUGACGGCCAACCGCCGCGAGGAGCGCAGACAGAUGAAAUGGGAGCGUGCCAAGUCCGAGCAGGAGGCCAUUCGCCAAAAACGUCUCCAGGAAGCACAGGAAGCUGCCGUAAACGUCGCCGGUGCCACUAUCAAUUCUGUCAACGGCUACGAACCAGCCUUGGCCGAAGCGAUGCCCGAACCUCUCGCUCAAGCUACAUCCAACGUGACCACGGACGCCUCCAUAAAUACGUCUACCGAGCCUGUUCCUGGUGUUGUGUCUUCUACAUCCAUCGAAAUCCCAGCUGCCACAGCGAACGGCCUGGUCAACGGUGUCACGUCACCUAUCGAAGUACCGACUGCCCAGCUUGGAUCAGCCACCAUCAUCGAGCCUGAGGAUGUACUUGCCGCAGUUAAGCAGGCCGAUAUCAUCCCCGAUGCCGAGCCUCUCUUGAAGGCGAACAGCAUUCUUCCGGCUCUCGCCUCUCUGUCCGCCCCGACCGGUCCCCUCGAGCUCCUUCGUCUGCCCAACUCGAACACGACGCCUACAAAUGUCGCGGAUACGACCGAGACUGCUGCCGAGCCCGAUCACACUCCGGAGUCCCUGACGAAUGGCGUCUCAACGCCUGCCUCUGCGCCUGUUGGCCCUCUGGAACUGCUUUUGCUUCCAAAUGCACAUGUAUCGCUCGUCAACGGGACCCAGGUUGAUGUCAUCAACGGCACGGCUGAUGUCGAAACUACUUCAUCUACGCAGAAGCUGUCGACAAUACCAGAGGAUGCCAGCCAUGGCGAAAAGGCGACUACAGGCCAUCUCAUCAACGACUUGAUUAAUGGCGUAAAUGGCGACGACGCAUACGCGACUGACACCGGCACCGUCAAGACCAUCUCUACGGUAUCAACAGAUCUGCCCUCAACACCAAAGCCUCUCAAACGUCGCAAGAGCGUCCGCUUUUCCCCAAGGGUCGAGUCGACCACCUAUCAGCUGUCCGACCCUCCCAGCCCAAGCUUCGCCCUGCUGAACGGGAAGCCAACACCUCUUCUCAACGGCACAUCAUUGGGACCUAGCAUCGUGGAAGCAGAGGAGGAAGAGGCCAAACAAGCCUCCAACGGAACGGCCUCGAUCGAGCCGGUCACCACAGCUGAGCCUACCACACAGCCUGCUGAGAUUGUGAACAAGGAGCACCUCCAACUUACCUCUGAGGAAGCAUUCUUCCUCUCCUUCGGCCUCGGCGCCCUACGCGUUGUCAACCCAAAAAGCAAACAACCCAUUUCAACCCCCGACCUCCUUAACCUCUUCCGCCAGUACUCCUACUUCCCGUCUCGCGCAUCAGCAGACCUGCAGCCCGACGACAGCUUCUUGGUCAACUACGCAGUGUACCACCACUUCCGGUCCUUAGGCUGGGUUCCCCGCGCCGGCAUCAAGUUCGGCGUCGAUUGGCUCCUCUACGCCAAGGGUCCCGUCUUCGAUCACGCCGAAUUCGGCGCUAUCGUUCUGCCAUCAUACUCGGAUCGCUGGUGGAAGGACAGCGACCACGAGCUCCCGCGCAAGACAUGGCACUGGCUUCACGGCGUCGUCCGCGUGCUGUCGCAUGUGCAGAAGAGUCUGGUACUGGUCUACGUCGAUGUGCCACCUCCACCUCAGUUCGAUGCGGCCAUGAAGAAGGGCGGCCCGGCGGAGGUGUUUAAGCUGUACAAGAUUCGCGAGGUUAUGGUCAAGAGAUGGUCUAGCAACCGAAACCGAUAA